GUUACCAAGUCAGUGGACCAAGUUACGUUACGUUACGUUACGUUACGUUACGUUACGUUAGUCGAUCACGAAACAUCGAUCUGUGAAUUAGGUUUUACGCGUUGAUCGGUUCGAGCGACAGGUGAAAUCUCUGGGGGCGGUAAAGUCUAGAGAAGGUGAAGGGCCAAGAGGAACGUGAAGUGGCUCGAGUUGUACAUCGUAUGAAGGGAACGCAACAGAUCGUUCGAUCGAUCGUAUCGAAGCGAUUAACAGAUCGAUAUCGAAUCGAGCCGUGUCGAUCGUUGGUGGAUCGUUGCGACUGAUCCUUCUGAAUCUUGCAAAUCUUGAAUCACCGAACUGCCAAAUGAAGGCACGUAAGAGCCGGGAGAAACGUAAGUCCAUGAUUAGUACAGAUGGACUGUAGUGACGCUCGAGUUUCCUCUCUGGGUAAUGAGGUAAAUCGGGAAAUUGAGAAAUCGUCAAGCCAAUCGAUACUCGAUACGCCGUGGAAAGAGAUCCUACUUGAGACGAAGGGAGCGACACAACCCCCAGGCCUCGGAACGAUCUCCCUCUUUAUCGCGCGUUCGUCGCGACGUAGCGCACCGCGUCGCAUGUGUCACUGCUAACGGCUGCGAAAAAUGCAACGGCAAGAGGGCGAGCUUGAAGAACUCGGGGGCGUUUUAGGGGGUUCUACUGGCGGUGCACUUGCCCUCGGCGGUCGACACAAGCCGGAGGAGCUCGCUACCCUAGCGGCUAAUACCAGAUUCUCCAGGAAGGAGAUACAGCUGAUUUAUCGCGGAUUCAAACAGGAAUGCCCCACCGGUCUCGUUGACGAGGAGGCUUUCAAGCAAAUUUUCUCCCAGUUCUUCCCGCAAGGAGACGCCAGCCAGUACGCUCACUACGUCUUCAACACUAUGAAGAGAAAACCAUCGGGAAAAAUAAGUUUCGAGGAAUUUCUAACCAUCUUGUCGAAAGUAUCCAGAGGCUCGGUGGAGGAGAAACUCCAGUGGGUGUUUGGGCUGUACGAUUUAGACGGGGAUGGCCUGAUCAGCAAAGAGGAGAUGUUAGAUGUGGUCGGUUCCAUUUACGAGAUGUUGGGCCGUUACACUCAGCCACAAAUAGUUGAGCCGCACUUGGCUGCUCGGGAACACGUCGAUCGUAUUUUUCACUUAAUAGACGCGAACAAAGACGGCGUGGUGACAAUCGAGGAAUUGGUCCAAUGGUGUUCCAAGGACGAGCAACUGUUACGAAGUCUCGACACGCUCGACACUGUCUUAUGAGAUCUUUACGAUUAUUUUAUACUUUUAAUUCGCGUGCUAACAUUUCCAAUCCAACUAUUAGAUAUUCGAAUAAGCUCCGCGUAUAUUUUCCAAAAAGAUUUCGUCAACCUCGAUAGUAUCGAAAUAUUUAAGUAAUCGCUCGUUUCUUAUACAUACUUACAUAUGUAUACGAUACACGACGCAACACGAACGAAUCGAUCCAAGCUCGUCGAACCUUGUUUGUAAAUAUGUAUCUACUUAUCUACCAUACCUACCCAGUCUUUCGAGCGUGCCAUCGAGAGCGCGAUAACAAAUUAACAGUAUUACAUAAUAUCUAUUAUUAUUAAUUUAUCGCGCAGAUUGUUUGUUCUCGUCGCCUCGAGUAAGUACAUACUUGCGCGAUACUCUUUGCGACGAUACUUUGUAAAUAUCAUAAACGAGGAAAUUUUUAUAAAUGCGUUCGAUAACGAGGAGGUAAAUUCUUACCUUCCAUUACCUGUACUCGAUUAUCACGGAAAGUCG